AUGAAAAUUAAAGCACGUCGAGUUGGCAGAGUGCGAGGGUCGUGGCGGGAUGCGGACCCAUCACUCAUGGUGCACCUCGUACGACAGUUGCUCAAUAAUGGAGUCAGUCCAGACUUGUUCAACGAGGACGGGCUCACUGCACUUCAUCAGAGCUGCAUAGAUGAUUUUUUGGAUAUAGCACGCUGUCUUCUGGAUGCGGGUGCAAACGUGAAUGCGUGUGACAGUGAGCUGUGGACCCCUUUACAUGCGGCGGCCACCUGCGGACACACUGACCUCGUGCAGCUGCUGAUAGAAGCGGGUGCAGAUUUGUUGGCGGUGAAUGCAGAUGGAAAUAUGCCAUAUGAUCUGUGUGAGGAUGAGGCUACGCUAGAGCUCAUAGAGAUGAUCAUGGCAGAGGAGGGGAUUACUCAGGAGAGAAUUGAUGAAUGUCGCGGCGCCAAGGAGAGCGCAAUGUUGUCUGACCUUCAGGAGCUGGUUGCAAGUGGAGCUGAUCUGAAUGUGAAGGACGAGCUGGGGGCCACUCUGCUGCAUGUAGCAGCUGCUAAUGGAUACAUGUCAGUAGGGGAGCUGUUGCUGGAGCACAGAAUAUCUCCUAACGACAGGGACGCUGAUGGGUGGACGCCACUCCAUGCUGCUGCCUGCUGGGGACAGAUCCAGAUGGUGGAGCUGCUGGUAGCUAAUGGUGCAAAUUUAAAUGCCAAGUCUGAGCUGGAUGAGAUGCCUCUUGAUGUGUGCACUGAUGAGGAGGUCCGGACCAAAAUGAUGGAGCUGAAACAAAAACACGAUGCCAUCAUGAAGGGUCAGGACAAACACAAAAACACAUUGCAGAAACGAGUGUCCAGCACGGGCAGCAGAGGUAAAGUAGUGAGGCGCACCAGUGUGAAUGAGCGCAGCAGUCUGUACCGCAGAGAGCAUCAGAAGGAAGCCAAAGUGUGGCAGGAGAGAGGAAGACAGACAGAUGCCCUGGAUGAUGAUGAAGACAGACAGACUGAUGCUGAACUGAACCUGCACGCUGCACUGGUGUCUGGCUCUAAUGCAACCCCUGUUCCUCCAUUAGAGGUCGGCGAGGUGGAAAAUGGAGCUCAAGUUUUGGGGAACGGCAGCAUGGCUUCGUUUUCUUCCUCACUUCCAGGAGAACUCCAGGGCGGGGGCCGCAUGGAUCGCAGCGCCUCUUAUCAGCUCACUCCAGCUUCGGCUGCUGCUGGCGGGGACAACAUGAGCAGAGAGAGAUCUCACCACACGCUUGCAGAUCUCAAACGCCAGAGAGCAGCAGCUAAACUGCAGAAACAUCCAGCACCUCCGAUACCCCUGUCUGCAGACCCUCCGGAUGAGGUCGUUCCUGAAGGACCCCAGGGACCGCUGGAGCCCCCUGAAUCAGUACAACAGGAUGUGUCCCCCAGUGCAGUGUACUUUACCCAAGCUAGUGGAGAUCCACCUCUGCUGAAGCUGAGAGCACCAGAAGAAGACACAACUAAUACGAAAGAGCCAUGCUGUGGACUCAUGUAGAAGCAGUGGACGAACAUGUUUAGUUUCAUGUGAUUGUGCAGUUCCUGUGUACUACGUGGACAAACUAGAAUUAUAAGGCAGGUAUGUGGAAAUGGGUUUUGUGUCCAAGUCACGCUUUCGCUCACAAUGGCACAUAGACAGAUUGAAGUCACGUUUUCAACACUAACAUGAAUAAUUGCACCAAACAUUUGAUGAUGGACUAUGUUGCUUUCUGAAUGGAUAACACAAGAAAUCAGAAAAAAGAAGACCAAAGCACCCACAUUUAGAUAAUUUCCUUGAUUUAAUUGCAUUAUUGCAGUAUUUCAAUCUUUUAAGAUCAUAUCAUUUUAUUUUAAUUAGUUGUUAUGGUCAUUAAAGUUCAAUACAUAGAGAAAAAAACUGACACUGAGCACUUUACUUGACCAAACUUUCAGCAAUCUUCAUAACUUUGAUGAAUAUACAUGUAGACGUAUACUGAUCACAAAAAAGCACAUUUGAAUUGCGCUGAUCAAAAUAAAGUUGCAUUUCAUUCACAGUUCUGCUGUAAUCUUACAACUAGCAUGCUUACUCUUGUUCUUUAUUCACACCUGGUGGCACCAUUUCAUAAUGCUUACUGCUUUCAACAAACUCGUAUCCCAGCAUCUGUCUAUUUGUUUAUUGCCUUUGAGAUUGAACUUAAGCUAAUUGUAAUGUAAAUAAAUUAUUAAAAAUAUAUAUUUAUUUUAUAAAAAGAUGCACAGAGGUGUGUGUACCUUUUAGAUUGUUUUUCUUCUAACCUUCUCAAUUACAUUUUUUCCCCCCACAUUUUUAUUUUGUUCGUCACACUUUGUUGUAAUGCAUCAAUAGAAACAAUAAAACCAAAAUGAAAAAUACAGUAAA